AUGUCUCCUGCUACAUCUCCAAGGCUAAUACGAUGCCAUUGUCUCCACAGAGUAGUUCCUGGAUUACUGGAGACAAACGGGGACGGGAGGCGGAGGAGAAUCGUUUGGUUCGAGGACGAAAUACAUCCUAGAUUGCGCUUUGCCCACCGUGGACUGCUCGGUAUCAACAACGAUCGUGCGGAUGAACUCCAAGGAAAACCACACAUUAUCGGAAGAGUUGUCGGAAACAUGGCGGUCUUCAGCAUUCUCAAAAUCGGGGACGCUUGGGCAAGCGAAGAGUUUGACAAGAUUGAGCGACCAGUAAUAUAUCCACCCAAGAUAAAAUCCAUUCGGAUUGUUGAUAAUUCAUUUGAUGACAUUGUGCCCCACAUAACGGCAGUGGGGAAGCGAGCGCAGCGGUUGUUGACCGUACAUUCCACACCGGAAGAAGGAUCAAGUCCAGGCCCUCAAAACAUCGAAGCAUCGUCAUCUCAUGAGAAGCCAUCCAACAAGCGCAGAGCCAAAGGAGACCGAUCAGAUGUCGAUAUCCAUUCGAGAGAAACUGCGCCACAGAACAAACCUCCGAGAGGUGAUGCAUCUUUUAAAUUCUGA